UUGCGUCAUGAGCUGUAGCCAAUCAGAGACGCCUGCUGCUGUUACGGAGAGACAACUGCGGAAAGUUGGACAGUGGAGAGAUAGCUCACACACGACUGAUAACAGUGAGAAACAUACGCAGAACAUCGCUGCAGAAGUUGGCAAAGGAUCAUGAAGGAGGACAAGGAAAACACGCGUCCCAGAGAAAAGAAAGUGGAAAUAAAAUGUGAUGAAAAUGAAAAGCCAGAGAAGCCAAAUAAAGAGAAGGAGGCUUUGACAAAGAUUGUGAUCCGACGUCUUCCUCCGAGUCUAACUAAAGAAGAUUUAGUGGAACAACUGCAGCCUCUUCCAGAGCUGGAUUACCUGGAGUUUUUCUCUAGUGAUACUAGUCUUUUCCCUCAUCUGUUUGCAAGAGCGUAUCUGAAUUUCAAAAAUCAAGAUGACGUAGUUCUCUUCAGUGACCGGUUUGAUGGCUAUGUCUUCAUUGAUAAUCGAGGUCAAGAAUAUCCAGCAAUUGUUGAGUUUGCACCAUUCCAGAAAACUGCUAAGAAAAGGAGCAAGAAGAAGGAUGCAAAAAGUGGAACAAUUGAAGAUGAUGCUGAUUACAAAACUUUUUUGGAGUUCUACAAUGGUGAUGAGGAAAAAUUCCCUUCCAACCCUGAGACAUUACUUGAGGAAAUCGAGGCCAAGACAAAGGAACUUAGUGCUAAAAAAACGACACCACUCUUGGACUUCCUUAAGAAUAAACAGAGGAUUAGAGAAGAAAAGAAAGAAGAGAGGAGACGGAGAGAACUAGAACGUAAACGCCUGCGAGAUGAAGAAAGGCGUAAGUGGAGAGAGGAGGACAGAAGAAAAAGAAAAGAGGCUGAGAAAUUUAAAAAAGGAGAAAGGGCAUCUGAUAAGGAUAAGGACCAACCUAAAGAUGAACAGCCAAAAAUUAAGCUCUUGAAAAAAACAGAGAAAGCAGAUGAUGGUGAUACUGAGAAGCCAAAGGAAAAGCCCAAGAAACAAGACCGAGAGAAACAGAAGGAAGAUCGACCUCCUGGAGGAGGAGACACAAAGAAGCGGCAGAAUGGUGAACACAGAGAGGAGAAAGGGGGAAAGUCAGAGGAUAGUGGGCAUAAAAAUUACAGAGAUCGUGAUGGAGACCGGGACAGAGAGAGAGAGCGAAGACAGAAAGAAAAAGAACGUAUCAGAAGGCAGGAUGAAGAACGGAGGAAAAGGGAACGUCAUGAUGGAGAAAACACCUACAGAAAGAGAGAUGAGGAGGGGAAGAAGGACAAGGAGCGUGUUUGGGAGAAAAGAAAGAAUGAAAACACUGGAGAGUCCUCCGUUAAUGCUCACCCUGAAAAGCCAUCAAAGGACAGCAAAAAAGAAGACAGUGCCAAAAAAGACCGUCUGAGAAAUAAGGAUCGGCCUGCAAUUCAGCUGUACCAGCCUGGAGCGAGGAGCCGUAACCGGGGCGGAGGAGGAACAGGAGGAGAUGGACAGGCAGUGGAGAAGAGGGCUGAGCGGGAGUCCAAGAGCACUCAAGAGAAAGCUGCUGAGUGAGGAAACAGCUCUGUGCUGGCAUGACAUGAUGUCUUGAGAGGAGGGGCUCUGUUCUAAUCAGGACAAACACCUCAAAAACAUGGUGCUGCCAUCAAAAGAAAUCCCCCCCCCACACUUUAAAAAAAAAACUUCUCUGUCAGUGACAUGAGAGCACAUACCUGUUGCCCUCCAGUGCCUGAAUGAGCCUCCCAAAGUUUGUUCAUGAGCAAGGCAAGUCCUAACCGACGGUUAGAUUUGAGAAACGGCUUAAUCACGAGAGAAGCCAAAGUGAUUGGACCAUGAUAAUUAAAAAGUGACCUUACUUUUGGUACAGAGCCGAACUUGUUUUACUUCAUAUGCUUUUCUGUUUCAUAGUUUAACAAAGGUCUGAUCCAGCUUGCUCACCCUUUCUCACUGUUCCAUUUUUAGAAAGAUCUUUCAUGCCUUACCCAAAUCCACUGCAUUUCACUUCAGACAAUCAGUAAUAAAUUUGUGUUCUUUGAGCAUGGAUGUAGCCAGCAGCCGUUUUAAAGAGCCUGCUGAUCUACAAUGUUUCUGUUCUGAUUAGGGAUUGGUCAGGUGGAAAAAGAGCCAUGCUUUAUAAUGCUGAUGCCUUGAUCACUGUCAGUUCUUUUCUGCAAGUCGACUAAAUUAUAUGCAAAAACAGAUGUGGCCUUUUCUAGUUUUGGAAUUGAAGCAUAUCUUACCACUCAGAAAAAUCCAACUUCUGGUUAGCUUGGUUUGGAAACUGUGCUGCCAUCCAAUUAUAUGUUCCAUUGUAACUAAUCCUUAACUCAAAAAACAGCUCGGUUUCCUUUUAUAGUUACAGCUUUGUCAAAAUGUGAAGAGAAAUCCAAAAAACAAUAAA